UCCCUUCCUCCUUGCAGCUCUCACUCGACCCACCUUCCUCCUCCGGCGUGCAAUGAUAAGCCACGGGAAAGGCUGAAUGUUAAUUUUUGACAAGUAGGAAGGUCGCAGACAACGACAUUAGCAAGUUGUGACUCACACCGGACUAAGAAGACAAAGACGGACACAAUGGAGGUUCUGGUGCUGAUCAACUUCGAGGGCACCAUGGGGGACGAGAUUUCGGUGCGGAUGGGAGACGUGGUGAAAAAUGUUACAAAGGCCAGCGAGGAAGGUUGGCUGGAGGGCGAGGUCCGAGGGAAGCGAGGCAUCUUCCCGGCCAACUUUGUCAAGGAGGUGCCUGUUUAUUUGAUGGGGGACAGCAAGAGAGAACCAAGAAGCAUCCGAACAACCAAGAGGGUGAAACAAGUAAGGACAUGCGAGGUGGUGUUUGCCUACAGUCCCUUGAACGACGACGAGCUGCAGCUGGUCGUCGGGGAGACGGUGGAAAUCAUCAGCGAGAUUGAAGAUGGAUGGUGGAUGGGCAUCAAAAACGGCAGAGUGGGGGCGUUUCCGUGCAACUUUGUCAGAGAGAUCUUCGUCGCCCCUAAAGGUGAGUCCAGCAACUACUUUUCGAGCCGAGCAGGGCAAAGACCCUCCUGGAAUCAUGGCAAACACAAUGAUAGCAAAGCCAGACCGAAGCUAAGCGAUGCAGUCUUCAGCAAAGAGAUAUCCCAGAGAGCGACGGUUCGCAGCAAAGCAAAAACCGUGGUGGAGUGCUCUCAAGUUAUGUUCAACUACACGGCCAAAGCGGAAGACGAGCUGGAUUUGAAGAUUGGGGAUGUGGUGGUGAUACUGAGAAAGGAAACCGAAGAUGACGGCUGGUGGGAGGGCGAGCUCAACGGACGCUGCGGAUUCUUCCCCGAUAACUUUGUCAUGGUGAUACCGCCGAUGGACAGUCUGAAGGCUGGCAACAACAGCCUACCACCUGCACGCAACAUCAAAAGGGAAGUCCCAGAAAAAACAGAGAGCCCAGCCAUGGACAAAACUGUGCCGACAAAAACAAAAGAUGAAAAACCCGAGCUGAAGGAUUUGCGAAGCAAUCCCCCGACCAAAGUCAAGCUUCCGAGUAUCAACAAACUCAGCCCGACUCAACUCAAAGACAAAGCCAACAAGGGUUUAUCCAAAGCCAACGGCGCCGAGUCCCAGCACUCGCCAAAAUCCCACGAGGAUAAAAACGGCGACCAUUUCGACGGGGCGGACCCGGACAGUGACAAGCUGAACCACCCCACGGCCAACCGGGCCAAGCCACCCCAGAGGAGACCGCCCACAGGCGCGGCCACCGGAGUGCAGACUGCAAACGACUCUGGACCAGAACUGACCAAGAAGGUCCAAAGUGAUAAACUGCCCGGCUUACAAAAGGGUUCAGAGCAUCUCAAGCCACCCCCAGCAAAGGUGGACUUCAGACCCAAGAGUCCGCCUCCGCUGCGCCCGGCACCUCCCCGCUUGCCUGCAGAAGUCCAAAGCGUUGCUCAAAAGGAUGAGGUGACGCUGGCGAGUCUGUGGACAGAAGUCAAGGAUCUGCGGAUGGCUCUGGAGCUUCUGCAGACGCGACACAAAAACGACAUGAAGGAAGUGAAGGAAGAACUGCAGGACGAGAGAAACAAACGACUGACGCUGCAGGAAGAAGUACACACAUUGAGAAAGAAAAAAUAACCACAAAGCACAAGAGGAUCACGCAGAAUGCCUGAUGGCUGCAAACAAGCUCACGAACAAGGACUACUUUAUCCCUCUUGUUAUGUUGCGGGUCAAAUGGACCCGUAUGGAAAGGUGGAAGAGGGUCAAGAAAUGAUACAUUUAUUCUGCUGUGCUUACUAUUUUCUAAUAUUACUUUUGUUUAAAAUCAUAGACAAGAAAAGAACCUGCACGGUGUUAUUAUUUUUGGGGGCUGAUCAGCUGUAUAUCGGGUCACAUUGAUCCAUGACCGUUGUCGGUAAGAAACACGACCAUUCACACAUAUUUAUCCUGGGUUUUAUUUGAAAACAUUUACUCGUUUAAUGUAAAAUGAUAUGUAUGCAGCUGUACAGAGGAGUAGAUGCAACAAUUGUGUUCCCUUUUGUACAUGUAAAUGUUAUUCCCAUAAUAUCCACGAGAGGGCGCCAUCGGGCUAUCAAACAUUACCGUUUGUGUGACUGA